AUGGGUAAUCCAAUAGAGGUUAUUGCAGUAGAAACUUCAAAAGAAGGAAGCCCUAUGGAGGAUGAAAUUCAAGAAAAUGUUGUUGAGGAUAAACUAGAAAAUCUUGCUUCUAUGGCACUGCAAUUUGAAGAAAAUGUUGAAGAUGUUCUACAGCAGCCUGAGGAAAAUAUGGGAGUGGAUAAGAAAAAGAAAAGACUGGGAACAUUCGAGGAGAAAACUGCACCAACUCAAACCAGUAGUGCUCAACCUAGUAGUGUUAAAGGAAAGAAGAAGAAGAUGCAAAAGCAUACACAGUCUUAUAAUGAUGAUCAAAUAGAGCCUAGUUUACGACUGGAGAUGGAUGAGGAAGAAACAGUGCAAGAUGAUAUUGUUUAUCCUAUCAAGAAAAAGGAUGACACUACUUCCCAACUGGCUACUCAGGAGGAACCUACGGAAAAAGUUGAAGAGAAGCCCUCUGAGAAAGAAAAGGAACAAGAGCAAGAGAAAAUUGAGGAGAAGAAAUCUGCUGGACUUGAAAAGGCAUUAGUCAAGGCUCAAAAGAAGAGAAUUAAGGAACAAAGGAAGGAAGCAGAAACUAUCCAGACUAUUGUGAAGAUUUUGUCUAGUCUUCUACUAAAGAUUUCUAUAGGGAACUUCUCAAAUCUUAUUGAUAAAGCCACUCAGUCAGAGAAUCCUCUGGUAAAUGAUGUAAAUAAGGAGGAGGAAACUCAAUAUGUUGUAGAGCAAAAAAAAUUGGAUUUUGUAGAUGUUGAUCCUAUUAAGGAGAAUGAUAAAUUGGCUAAGGCAAAGUUUGCUGCACCAAGUGGUGACACCGGUGCAUGGGAGACACCCAAAGAAGACAAAACCGGACAGGUUGAGGUUGAGGAAAAGGAAGAAGAAAAAUAG